CGGUGUUACGCCCAAGGCGGCCCGGGCUUCUUCCUCACAGGUGUUUAAAGGAAGUCUGCUGGGCUGGAGCGUCCUCCUCUCCCCGCAGCUCAGACACUGACGAGCUGCGGACCUCCGAGGCAGUCUGGCUUCCGGUGUCUUCCGCGGCAGGACCAAGACUUUUCUGCUUCAUACCUUCUGCCAUUGUCUCUGCAUUCCUUUGAACUGUGAGCCAUAGUAAACCUGUCUUAUGAGUACAUAUAUUGAAGCUAGAGGCAAGAUAUUUGUGUAAUUUCUGUGUUGAAAUUAAUACAUAUGGCCAUGAAGAAAGAGACAGAAUUUGGGAUUUUCAUCUAAAGAAAAUGAUAGAGAACAACCAAACCUGUGCUGCAGGACAGAACUCUGUGCCCUACAUGACUUGUCUGGUUCAUGUGCUUGAGGAAUGGUUGGGUGUAGAGCAACUGGAGGACUACUUGAAUUUUGCAAACCAUCUCCUGUGGGUUUUUACCCCACUGAUACUUUUAAUACUUCCGUACUUUACGAUCUUUCUUCUCUACCUUACUAUUAUUUUCCUCCAUAUCUAUAAGAGGAAGAAUAUGUUAAAAGAAGCCUACUCUCAUAAUUUAUGGGAUGGUGCAAGGAAAACAGUGGCAGCUCUGUGGGAUGGACAUGCAGCAGUGUGGCAUGGUUAUGAAGUUCAUGGGAUGGAAAAGAUACCAGAAGGACCAGCACUUAUAAUUUUUUAUCAUGGAGCUAUUCCCAUAGACUUUUACUACUUCAUGGCCAAAAUUUUCAUCCAUAAAGGCAGAACUUGCCGAGUAGUAGCUGACCACUUUGUCUUUAAAAUCCCAGGGUUCAGUUUGUUACUAGACGUGUUUUGUGCUCUUCAUGGACCACGAGAAAAAUGUGUAGAAAUCCUGAGGAGUGGCCACUUGCUAGCUAUUUCACCAGGUGGAGUCCGAGAAGCCUUACUUAGUGAUGAAACCUACAACAUCAUAUGGGGUAAUCGUAAAGGCUUUGCUCAGGUUGCAAUUGAUGCAAAAGUGCCCAUUAUUCCUAUGUUUACACAAAAUAUUCGAGAAGGAUUUAGAUCACUUGGAGGAACAAGAUUAUUUAAAUGGCUUUAUGAAAAAUUCCGCUAUCCAUUUGCUCCAAUGUAUGGAGGUUUUCCUGUAAAGCUGCGGACUUUCUUAGGUGAUCCCAUUCCAUAUGACCCAAAGAUAACAGCAGAAGAAUUAGCUGAAAAGACCAAGAAUGCUGUUCAAGCUUUGAUUGACAAGCACCAAAGGAUACCAGGGAACAUUAGGAGCGCUCUGCUGGAACGCUUUCAUAGAGAGCAGAAGGCUAAUUAGCAGAUGAUUUAAUGUGUCUAUAGUGAAAAGCUCAUAUAUAUAGUACUGUCUUUUAAAUUUUUGUAGGUUAUAUAAUAGUGUUUCUAAAAUAUCAUGUUAAUAAGCAUCUUUCUUAGAGCUAGUUUAUUAAAAUAUAUACUAUUAAUCUUGUCCUUUCAAUCAGUUGUGUCAAAUUUAAUAAGUAACUCUUCACUUUCCUGACUCAGAAAAUGAUCAUGCUGCAUUUGCAAACUUUAGUAAUAUAUGAUAAGCAUAGAGUUUUAGAUUUAAGUCAUCUUGAUAUCAGCAAGUUAAGCAGACUUUGCUAACUUGUGUCUAUUGUGUUGAUCUGAUCAAGAGAGCACAUGCAUUAGGGUGUAGUACUGGCUUAACUUAGAUGAAAAAUGCCUUUGUCUUCAUUCCAUUCACAACUGCGGGUAAGUUGUGGAAUGCUUUUGUACCUCGGUGAUUUAUUUUAAGCAUGACAAUAUUUUGGUGAUGCACAUUAUUUUAAGUUGUUUAUAUCUAUUGUGAUAUCUGUAGUGUGAGAACUGUAACUGAAUUGAUUUCUGAAUUCUUUAGGAGUUAUGUGCAUUUUUUUUGUCCAUUGGGUGUUGAAACUCCUUCAAAUGUGAUGUCCAGUUGCCAAGCACAUUGAAAGAGAUGUACUGUUUUAUAAAUCAAGACAUUGUUAUUUGUAGUAUUUAUUUACUGAAUUGUUUAGUAUUUAUUUUAAACAAGUAUCUGAGUAAACAUAUAGGAUGAAUUGUCAGCAUGGUGUUUUAUGGUGUAAGGAUAGGAAGCUGAUUCUAGGCUGAGAAAUAAAGAACAAGAAAGCCCUGGUUUUCCUUAAUAUCGUGGCUUGUUUUUCUGGGCUUUGCAUCUAAUCUCGUGGCUUAUUAUUUCAAUAAAACGUACUUGAAUGAUGAAUUUCUGUAAACAUGGAGCCCUCUGAAAAUGUAAUGGCAUUCGAUUUGUUGUCUCCUUGAAAAUUGAUUUUAAAAGUAUUUAAACCGCAAAGUGUCAUAAAUCUGCUGCAGUGUGUCCUUUCAGCCCUUGUAGUACUUGGGUCUUAUAUGGACUUUAGUUACGAGUGUAUACUUAUAAUACAUAUGUGUGUUUGUAAUAUAUAUAGGAAUACUGUGAAAAAUAAAG